AUGCCAAGAGGACCUACACUCUCUGAAGAAGAGAAAAGCAAGAUCGAAGACUACUGGUCACUGCAUUUAUCAAACAGGGCAAUUGCUUGCAAACUGAGACGCUCACAUUUGAUCAACAGUUUUGUAAAUGAUCCAUCAAAUUAUUGCACAAAGUAUCAAAGUGGUAGAAAACCUAUACUUACAGCUCACCAGCAGCGACAAAUUGCACAUGCUUCUAGUAACCGUACAAUCUCUGCGAGACAAAUAGGCACUGAUUUGGGAUUGAAAUGCUCAAGAUGGAUGGUGAAUCCUGUAAUUAACAAGUCAGGCUUUCUUAGAUAUGCAAAGAAACGCACAUCUCCAGCACUAACUGAAGCGCUCAAAUGCAUUUGUCUUGAAUGGGCCAAGGACCACAUCACUUGGGAAAUACAAUGGCAAAAAAUUGUGUGGUCUCAUAAAAAAAAUUCAAUCUUGAUGGUCCAGAUGGUUUUAAUUACUUCUGGUAUGACAUAA